UGGUGAAAUUGCUUUCUAAACAAUAAAACCACUCUUCUUCACCCAAUCCCUCCUUUUCUGCCCUUGAGCCCAAGAAAAUAUGCCUGCAGUAAAUUAAUAAGGGCAUUAUAUAUGGUACAUGUGUUGACUUCAAUAACUGCAGAACUUUGUGAAAGCAUGUUUGCAGAAAAGUAGCUUUAAAUAAGUUGUCUGCUUAGUGAUGUACAGCAAACACAUCUUGAAACAAAAAAUUUGGCCAGUUUGCCGUGCAUCGCUAAGCUAAUUUUCUGAAUGUACGAGAGUGCUGGAUUCUUUUGCAUAAGAUCAAGCACAAAUUACUGCUUGCCACAAACUAGACUUGAAGUACAUGAAGUAAAGAAAAAUGUGGAAGUCCAAGGCUUGCUCGUAUGUGAACCAGCCCUCUGAAAAACUAAUAUAUCUCUGAGUUUUGUUACUAAGAAAACAUGCAUUUUCUAGCAGGGAACAAUAAGUGCUAGUGCUUUUUUGUUCAUAACAGCAGCAUCGACACAUGCAAAUCCAGAGUUCUUUGAAACUCUGGAUUAUUGUGAACAAGCAAGCAUCCUCGUGCCAAGAAUGCUCAGAACAUGGUUUGUUUACCACAUGGUUUGUGCUAAGAUCUCUGGCUUGUCCCUGACUUUAGCCAUGCUUGCUGGCAGGAGGAGCCAAGUAGAAAUUAUUGAGCAGUAUGCACUGGCAUGUUCGCUCAUUAACAGGCAUGAUAUUUGAACACAGCCUAUAUGUCCAAUUCCCAAAGUAAAUGACUGCUUACAGAAAAUGAAUGUGAAUAAACUCUUUAUUUUGCUUAGUUUUUUAGCACUUUGCACUUUGAUGAAAUUUUCCAAGGGGUAAAAUUGAGAAGUUUAAGAGAUUGCUACAUGUGAUUUAAUAAGGGUAAUGCCUCUCUCUUAAGGUUUUGCUUUCUUUCAGUUCCAACUCCACACUAUGGUUUUGUCUCUGACUUUAAUUUGCAUAUAAUUAUCAAGAACUAAUUUGUGCAGUAAGUCAAAGUGAAAGAAUUCCUGUCUCAAGUCUUUCCAGCUACUGGCAAAUGACCAGGAGUUUUAAACUUGCUAAUGCCCUCAAAAUCAUUAUUUCAAUGGUGUGGAUGGAGAUACAGUAUAUGAGACUUCAACUCCAGACUAUCCUUUGUUUGAAACUUUUGUUCCACAAACAUCUAGACAAAUGUUUCAGGCAGAUUAGGGAUAGUUUGGGCAGAUUCACAUUUAGUCAAUUCAUGGGCAGUAGCAUCUGGUGGUUGGUAUUCCCUACCAUUCAGCCUCAGCAUAUAUGAACCAAAGAGAGAGAAAGACUCUCAGCUGUCAUAGCUUUAUACUGUAAUCCCUUCUGGCAUGCACUUUUGUUAUUCAGAAUUUGAGCCAAGGUUCUACAAUAUAGCUAAGGUGAAGUACAGAGGUAGAACUCUAACUCAAAAAAAGAAAUUUAUUUAAUGUAUAUCCCACCUCUUUUUCUUUCACAGAAUUCAAGGCAACUUAACAUAAUUCUCCUCCUCUCACUCUUAUCCUCACAACAACAAGCCUCUGGGGUAGGUUGGGCUGAAUGUCUGUGACUGGCCCAGAGUCACCCAUGGCUGAGUGGGGCCUGGAAAGCAGGUUGCCUGAGUCCCAGUCCUGUACUCUUAACCACCACACACAGUGACUUGCAGAGAUGGGACAUCAAUCUUAUCAUUAAACUGCUUGCUUCUUUUUCAUCAGUGUGAAGAGACUUCUAAUUCACAAAUGUACCAAAACAUAAACAUCAAGUUUGGCCUCUUUCAAAUUGUAAUUCAGCAUAAAAAACACCCUAGGUGAACUGGUGGGCCAAACAAAUAGAUGACAAAAAAAUCUGUGGCAUUCUGGAGCCUGCUGGAGCUGGUGUGUUGCCUUCUGAUUAAAAUUUUUAAAAUUCACUGAAAUAUAUUUGUCUCAAUAUUUCUAUUUUCUGUUAGUCUAAUGCAAAUACUGAACCCCAGAUAACCACUUGAUAUGCUGAGUUAGUUUGAAAUAACUAUGUUGGCAGGCCAUCAUGAAUUCUAUCGCUGUUGAUAUACCACUUGUCAUUAAGCAGAAUAAUUAUGCAGCCACAACAGUAGCUGUGAAUUUAAGGCAUGAGCAACAUUUAAAUCCAACCUGGCCACUUCUGCAUUAAUGGAUUGUUAAGAGACUUUCUUGAAGAUAUUCUCAUAGAGGUAACGAACAAAAAGAUAUAUGCCUUCAGCAUCAAAAAAGAAGGCGUCCAAUGCUUCUCUGCAGGUUGCUAACUCUUUCACUUGCAUAGCAUAGGAUAUAAUUUCCAUUCAGCCAAUUACAGUCAAGCAGCAGGGGCAUGAAGAGUGGUCUGCAAACAGUUGUAGCACUACUGGGAGUAAAGAGGCAAUGGAACUCUAGCAUUGGUAGAGUUCGCUGCAGAGCAUAGAGUAAAAGAAAUAGUGCACAGAGGUUAUUUACUAAAACCAACUAAUCUUCCUUGCAGCUGGUUAACCUUUAUGGUACAGACUUCUGGAGGAACAUUUCUGCAUUCCCCUCAGCAAUAUCUCAUUUGACAGAGAUGGGAACAAAAGAGGGUAGCCCAUUAUGAAAAACCUCAUAGGAUGUGUUAAUUGCUUCCACAACUUAGAAGUCCCAUGCUUUUGGCAUGUCGUCCUGUUACUUCAGCAGUUAACAAAAAGUAAUGCAGCCAUCCAGAAAAUAGUUGCUUUUGAAAAUGCAUUUGAGAGAUUAUUAGAUAUCAUAACCGAUGAGGGAAACAGUGAUGGAGGCAUAGUUGUAGAAGAUUGUCUUCUCUUACUACAAAAUUUGUUGAAGAACAAUAAUUCAAAUCAGAAUUUCUUUAAGGAAGGUUCCUAUAUCCAGCGUAUGAAGCCAUGGUUUGAAGUUGGUGAUGAUAAUGCUGGGUGGUCAGCACAGAAAGUAACCAAUCUACAUCUAAUGCUACAGCUGGUCCGGGUGUUAGUCUCCCCCACAAAUCCCCCAGGAGCCACCAGCAGUUGCCAGAAAGCCAUGUUUCAUUGCGGAUUGCUGCAACAGCUUUGUACAAUUCUGAUGGCAACUGGAGUUCCUGCUGAUAUUCUUACUGAGACGAUUAACACUGUAUCAGAGGUCAUUCGAGGAUGUCAAAUGAACCAAGACUACUUUGCUUCAGUAAAUGCACCUUCAAAUCCACCAAGGCCUGCAAUUGUAGUACUACUUAUGUCAAUGGUAAAUGAAAGGCAACCAUUUGUGCUACGCUGUGCUGUCCUUUACUGUUUCCAGUGCUUCUUAUACAAAAAUCAGAAGGGACAAGGAGAAAUUGUAUCAACACUUCUACCUUCAACAAUUGAUGCUACUGGAAAUUCAGUCUCGGCAGGACAGCUACUGUGUGGAGGACUUUUUUCUACAGACUCCCUUUCAAACUGGUGUGCAGCUGUAGCACUGGCUCAUGCUUUGCAAGAGAAUGCUGCCUUGAAAGAACAGCUGCUAAGAGUACAGCUUGCAACAAGUAUUGGUAAUCCCCCAGUGUCUUUACUUCAACAGUGCACCAACAUUCUGUCUCAGGGUGAUAAAAUCGACAGACGGGGAAGCAAAGUGCAAACAAGAGUUGGAUUACUGAUGCUGCUUUGUACCUGGCUGAGCAACUGCCCUAUUGCUGUCACACAUUUUCUUCACAAUCCAGCCAAUAUUCCAUUUCUAACAGGACAGAUAGCAGAAAACCUUGGAGAAGACGAGCAAUUAGUCCAAGGAUUGUGUGCUCUUCUACUAGGAAUCUCCAUUUAUUACAAUGACAACUCACUGGAGAAUUAUAAAAAAGAGAAAUUAAAGCAGCUGAUAGAAAAGAGGAUUGGCAAGGAAAACUUUAUUGAGAAACUGGGAUUCAUUAGCAAACAUGAAUUCUAUUCCCGAGCAGCUCAAAAACCUCAGCCAAGUUUUUCUAGCCCGGACCAUAUGAUGUUUGAUCAUGAAUUUACUAAAUUGGUAAAAGAACUAGAAGGUGUUCUAACAAAGGCAGUUUAUAAGUCUACAGAAGAAGAUAAAAAGGAAGAAGAAGUGAAAAAAACAUUAGAACAACAUGACAACAUAGUGACACACUAUAAAAAUGUUAUUAGAGUACAGGAUCAAGAACUUGAAGAAUUGAGGAAACAAGUAGAAACUUUAAAAGCACAGAAUGAACAGUUGCAGACAGCGGUCACCCAACAAGUGGCACAAAUCCAGCAGCAUAAGGACCAAUAUAAUCUCCUUAAAGUACAGCUAGGAAAAGACAAUCAGCAUCUUAGUUCCCACAGUGAUGUGGGUCAAAUGAAUGGUGUUCAGCCAGAAGAAAUCAGUAAAUUGCAUGAAGAGAUAGAAGAAUGGAAACACAAGCUUGAACUAUUACAGGAACAGCUGAGGGAAAAGGAUACGUUGAUUGAAACAUUGAAGCUUUUGCCACUAGCAGGAGGAACAACAGAGCAGUCUUCACAAACAAAUAAACCAAGUGGUCUUGAGGCUGAUAGUGAACUAUGUAAGGAAGUUGAAACCUUGAGGACCCAAAACAAGUCGCAAUCCACAGACAUUAUUAAACUACAGGCUGAAAAACAAGAGCUGCUUCAGAAACUAAAUGAUAUUACAGCUCUCAGUGAGGAAAAGGUAUCUCUGAAGCAGCAGCUGGACUCAUCCAAUAGUACUGUGGCUAUUUUGCAAAAUGAGAAUAGUAAAUUGCAGCAGGAAGUGGCAGAAUCUAAAAAAGAGCAGGAUGACCUUCUGGUUCUUCUGGCUGAUCAAGAUCAGAAGAUAGUUGCAUUAAAGAAUAAGCUGAAGGAGCUUGGAGAACCGGUUGAAGAUGAAGAUGAUACUGAAUCUGGUGACCAAGGUGAAGAAGAUGAAGAAGAGGAUGGGGAAGAAGUUGAGGAAAAUUAAUUGUGUUUUAUUAUGUCACAUAUGGGUAUCUUUUAAUUACGCAUUGUAAGAACAAAUGUUGAUGGUUUUAUGAUGAAAAGCCCCUGGUUAAGGAAGCAGAAGAAUGAGUGGAACUAGUCCUGAGUACCAGAUGUGGUAAAGAAAUGCUUUGUAGCUGAAAGAGCAAUCUACCAUUUGAGUUAAACUUGCACAUCCAGAAAUAAUUGUUAACACAACAGAAACAGUUUUAGUUGCUGUCAGAAACAUUGAAGGAAACUGUGAUAAAUUGUGUUGCCAUUCCCAUGUGUUCAGUGUGUUUGUCAUUACUUAACUUUCCUUUUUGGAUCUUUGCUGUGAUUAAAUACAGUAUGUAUAUGGUUUAACAUCUGUUGAAUGAAAUCAUUAUCUCGUGUAUUCAGCAGAGAGAGAACUCAUGGGCUCUUUCUUACUAUUCUUUUUUUAAAUAAAGAUUGGAGCAUACAAGCUGGGCAAGUAAAGGCUUCCUUCUUAGUAUUGUUUGGCUUUCUUCUCAAUAGAUUUCAGAUUGAGAGGACCAAUUUAGCAUUGAGUGCCUUGCACCUACAGCAUUCUGUACCUCACAAGUUAGAGAAACUGAAACAAUAUGGAAGGAUUUUCAUAGAUAGCAAGUAGUCAUUGGUAACAUGUUAAAAAAAGUUCUUAGUUCUUAAUAAAAGUUCAUGCAAAAGUUUAACAUACUAUCAAAUUACUGCUUUAAAAAGAAACCUGUUUCUCACUUAGAUGACACAACGAUCGUGAUUUACUGUCUUUUAUGCCCAAUAGAUGAAAUGUUUGAAAAGAAAAAUGUAGUUGCUGCAUCAUCUUGCUGUUUUUGGUAAUAAAAAUAGAUGAUAUAAAUAUUUAAUAUUACUUGUAAUUGCUUUUAAUCAUGUUAUUUGAAUGCUACAUUAUCUUGAAUAGUCUUUUUAAAAAUUUGACUAUUUGAAAUGCUAUAUAAUAUGGCAUCUUUCAUCAGGGAAACUAAGCAGUUGGUGAAGUUUGCAGUUUUUAUGUUUGCAAAAUUUUCAGAGUUUUAUUUAUUCCAGUGGUAGCUCAUAAAGCAGUGAGCUUAGUUAACUCUAAAAUAAGCAGGAUGUGGGCCAGUACUAUACAGAUAGGUAUUUAUGAUACUCUGUUUUGUACUUACAUUUUAUCCAAAUAUGGUUAAAUUACAAAGCUGAGUUGCAGCAAAAUAAAUUGGAACACUACCAUGA